AUGUGUGGAGAGCUGCUGGGGUCUACCUUCAGGCAACCAAAACACUCCAGCCCUGAUGUAGGAGGCUAUGAGAUGAGACUGGCAAAUCGAUUCGAUACCAACGCUAACACAACCGAUGUCAACGCUAAGACAACCAAUACCAACGCUAACACAACCAAUACCAACGCUAACACAACCAAUACCAACGCUAACACAACCAAUGUCAACGCUAAGACAACCAAUGUCAACGCUAAGACAACCAAUACCAACGCUAACACAACCAAUACCAACGCUAACACAACCAAUACCAACGCUAACACAACCAUUACCAACGCUAACACAACCAAUACCAACGCUAACACAACCAAUACCAACGCUAACACAACCAAUACCAACGCUAACACAACCAAUACCAACGCUAACACAACCAGUACCAACGCUAACACAACCAAUACCAACGCUAACACAACCAAUACCAACGCUUACACAACCAAUACCAACGCUAACACAACCAGUACCAACGCUAACACAACCAAUACCAACGCUAACACAACCAAUACCAACGCUAACACAACCAGUACCAACGCUAACACAACCAGUACCAACGCUAACACAACCAAUACCAACGCUAACACAACCAGUACCAACGCUAACACAACCAAUACCAACGCUAACACAACCAAUACCAACGCUAACACAACCAAUACCAACGCUAACACAACCAAUACCAACGCGAACACAACCAAUACCAACGCUAACACAACCAAUACCAACGCUAACACAACCAAUACCAACGACAUCUUGUAUUUGUUUAGUCACAUCCGUAUGGCACUAGACUAG